AUGUUUGAUGAGAACCCGACAAGCAUCCAGGAAGCAAGUCCUGGUACGAAUGCUAUACCACUGGUGCUCAUGCACGAUGGUGGGGGAACAACGUUCGACUAUCAUUUCUUAGACGACCUAGAACGAGAUGUGUGGGGUAUUCACAAUCCGCGCUUCAAUUCAGGCGAACCUUGGAUAGGAGGACUAGCGGAAAUGAGUACUCACUAUAUUGAAUUAAUCAAGAAAGUCAUACCCUCAGGUCCAGUUAUCCUAGGAGGGUGGUCAUUAGGAGGGAUGCUUGCGCUCGAAAUGGCUCGGCAACUAGUUGACGAUCCAGAAAUUGAUGUCAAGGGCAUGGUCAUGGUUGAUACAAUAUAUCCAUUUCAGGCCCCGGGUCAAGACAAGAAAUUUGUUGCACAGUACAAGCCUACUUUCAACUCGUACACAUCAGCAGCGACCCAGAAGUCCGUAACGGCUUCAUUCGCGAACACUUUCGAGAUGCUGAAAACAUGGAAGAUCCCAGAAUGGAACGAAACGGCAGACAUUGUACCUCCACCGACUGCUCUCAUCCGUGUCGAGGAGUCCGUGCCUGUUCCGGCGGACGCGGACAAGGACACAGUCAUGAGGGUUGAUGUGCAUCGUCAGCGCAGACUUUUAGGAUGGGAGCUGUACGAUUAUCAUCUGAUAGACGCGGUUACAGAGAUCACUGGCCAUCAUUACACGCCUUUCAAACCCGAAAAUGUCGAGCUCACAUCGGAGAAGAUCAAAGUGGCAUGCAGUAUGAUCCAGAGACGCGUGUUGAAAAAAGCUCGAGACGAGAGUUCUGUCAAGCAAUUCUGA